AUGCAGUCACAUGAUCCUUACUCCUUCCUCCCCGUGACAUCACCGCUGUUGCAGCCACACCACCGAGAAGGGAUGCUCUUAAAAUCUUUGAGACCGGGCUAAAUGAUGUUGGAUCGCAGACCCUAAUAUGGUCAAUGCAGGAGACAUGAACGGUUCUGGCAACCUAAUGGAUUUUCUGGAUGAGCCUUUCCCUGACGUUGGGACUUAUGAAGAUUUCCACACCAUUGACUGGCUGCGGGAGAAAUCCCGGGACACUGACCGCCACAGGAAGAUUACAAGCAAAAGUAAGGAAUCUAUAUGGGAGUUCAUCAAGAGUUUGCUGGAUGCCUGGUCAGGAUGGGUUGUAAUGCUUCUCAUAGGACUACUGGCAGGCACGUUAGCUGGAGUGAUAGAUUUAGCUGUGGAUUGGAUGACAGACCUGAAGGAGGGUGUCUGCCUGUCUGCCUUCUGGUACAGUCACGAGCAGUGCUGCUGGACCUCUAAUGAAACCACAUUCGAUGACAGGGACAAAUGUCCCCAGUGGCAGAAAUGGUCUGAACUUCUUGUAAGCCAGUCUGAGGGCGCAAGUGCUUACAUUCUAAACUAUUUUCUAUACAUUAUGUGGGCUCUGUGUUUUGCUUUCCUGGCAGUCUCCCUGGUCAGAGUGUUUGCUCCCUAUGCCUGUGGUUCUGGAAUCCCAGAGAUAAAAACCAUCUUGAGUGGGUUCAUUAUUAGGGGCUACCUGGGAAAAUGGACACUUUUAAUCAAAACAGUCACCUUGGUUCUGGUGGUAUCUUCAGGCCUCAGCCUUGGGAAAGAGGGGCCAUUGGUCCACGUGGCCUGUUGCUGCGGGAACUUCUUCAGCAGCCUUUUCUCAAAGUACAGCAAGAAUGAAGGAAAGAGGAGAGAGGUGCUUUCAGCUGCAGCUGCUGCAGGAGUUUCUGUUGCCUUUGGGGCCCCAAUUGGAGGUGUGCUUUUUAGUCUGGAAGAGGUCAGCUACUACUUUCCUCUCAAAACCCUCUGGAGGUCGUUUUUUGCUGCACUCGUGGCUGCCUUCACGCUGAGGUCCAUCAAUCCUUUUGGCAACAGCCGGCUGGUCUUGUUCUACGUGGAGUACCACACCCCCUGGUACAUGGCUGAGCUCUUCCCCUUCAUCCUCCUCGGCGUCUUCGGUGGCCUCUGGGGGACCCUCUUUAUCCGAUGCAACAUCGCCUGGUGCAGGAGGAGAAAAACCACCAGACUGGGGAAAUACCCAGUGCUGGAGGUGAUAGUGAUAACAGCCAUCACUGCCAUCAUCGCCUACCCCAACCCCUACACCCGGAGGAGCACAAGUGAGCUCAUCUCGGAGCUCUUCAAUGACUGCGGGGCCCUGGAGUCCUCCCAGCUCUGCGAUUACAUCAAUGACCCAAACAUGACCCGCCCUGUGGAUGACAUCCCUGACAGACCUGCUGGCCCCGGAGUCUACACUGCCAUGUGGCAGCUUGCCUUGGCUUUGGUGUUUAAAAUUGUCAUCACGAUAUUCACUUUCGGCAUGAAGAUCCCUUCAGGUCUUUUCAUUCCCAGCAUGGCUGUUGGAGCCAUGGCUGGCAGGAUGGUUGGGAUAGGAGUGGAACAGCUUGCGUAUCACCAUCACGACUGGAUCAUCUUCAGGAACUGGUGCAGACCUGGGGCAGACUGUGUCACACCAGGACUUUAUGCCAUGGUGGGAGCAGCAGCUUGCUUGGGUGGUGUGACACGAAUGACAGUCUCGCUGGUGGUCAUUAUGUUUGAGCUAACUGGAGGCCUGGAGUACAUUGUGCCUCUUAUGGCUGCAGCAGUCACAAGCAAGUGGGUGGCAGAUGCCUUUGGGAAAGAAGGGAUCUAUGAAGCUCACAUUCAUCUGAACGGCUACCCAUUUCUGGAUGUCAAGGAUGAAUUUACCCACCGAACCCUGGCCACUGACGUCAUGAGACCAAGGCGUGGUGAAGCUCCUCUCUCUGUUCUGACACAGGACAGCAUGACAGUGGAGGACGUGGAGACACUAAUCAAGGAGACUGACUACAAUGGAUUUCCUGUAGUGGUUUCAAAAGACUCGGAGAGACUUAUUGGAUUUGCACAGAGACGAGAGCUGAUCCUUGCAAUAAAGAACGCAAGACAGCGUCAGGAUGGGGUGGUGAGCAACUCCAUCGUGUAUUUCACUGAAGACCCCCCAGAGCUGCCCCCCAACAGUCCUCAUCCACUGAAACUGAGGCGUAUUCUCAACCUGAGCCCUUUCACUGUCACUGACCACACCCCGAUGGAGACUGUGGUAGACAUUUUCCGGAAACUCGGACUGCGGCAGUGUCUGGUCACUCGCAGUGGGAGGCUGCUAGGUAUCAUAACUAAAAAGGAUGUAUUAAGACAUAUGGCUCAAAUGGCAAACCAGGACCCUGAAUCCAUCAUGUUUAACUAGACUGGUAAAGGAAGAACUAAGUAUCCCCAAAGGAAUCCCUUCUAGAUUAACACAAAGGCUACGUUUGGUGUUUCAUUUGUUUAAAGGGAAAAUGUAACGUGUAUGAGGAAUGGCCCAAUAUGCCUCUGAGAGGGAGAGUGGAUACAGGAUGGCACCUAUUUAAUGAGGAGGGCAGUUUAGAAGCUCUGAGCAGCUGCAGACAUCAAGAUGUGUCUCCUUAAUGAGGCUCCCAACAGCUCAGCUGGAGUGUUGGGGGGUGUAAGUGAUGUAGGGCUUAGAGAGAGAGCCAGGGGUGCCAGUGGGAUGCAUCAGUGUUCACAGUAACUCUUGAGGCAGGUGUGAAGAUUAGCAGACACUGUUUAUGUACAAGCUAUUAACAUACAGAAAGAUUUGUAUUUCAAACUAGAGAGUGUAUAUGAGUAAUGUCAGUUUUUCUUACUGAAAUCAUGGUUAUUUAUUUGAGAUUGAAUUAUAACAUUUUCACGAGGAACAAAAAUAAUCAUAUUUUAAAAUGAAAAUUUUUGGCAUCUUCAUGUAUUUUUGUAAAAGUUAAGUGAAUCAAGACUGGAGUUAAGGGAGCAAGAACACACUUCAACUCACUCCAAAACUGCCCCCUUCUCCCUGCUUUAGUCCUUCGAAUUUUAUACAAUUUAGCAUUUUUGUCAAUCAGCUUCCCUUUACUGAUGUUGAGAUGUGACUUAUUUGUAAGGAUUUAUUAUUUCUCUAUGCAAUUCUGCAUACAGGUACUGUAAUAUUUAGUAUUAGGGGGUUGCUGUGAUAACUGGGAAAAAUAUAGAAGCCUGUGGAGGAAUUUUCAAGGGCACAGAAGGGACAUUUGUAUCCAGCUUUCAUCAAAGUUAGUGACAAGAGACUGAAUCCCUCAGCUGUCUCCCCUUAAGUACAUGAUAAUUUAUCACAAAGUAAUGAAGUUCUAUAUUGAUUCCUGAUUCUCCAUUUAGUUCACAAUUUUCUUUGCAUUUGUGUGCACCUGCCAAGAGAUUGCUGAAGUCAAUUUAACAAUCCCAUACAUUUAUUCUGUAGAAGAUCUACUCUUUAUGCAUCUGCCAGUCACAGGGCUGUGGAAUCCACAACCCCCAGUCAAAACCUCCAAGUCACUCAGGUAAAAAUGCUAAUUUUUCCUAAACUCUUGUUCUGGUCUUAUGUGAGAUGCACAGGGUAAACAUUGUCUGUGUUAAUAUACCAGCACUUUAUUGUUAUGAGUAUCAUAAGACCAAACUCUACUCUCAGUAGCACAUAAUCCACCCUGCCCAGUGUUUGCUUGGUAACUGUAAGCUUAGAGACUGGAAAGAGUUUAAAUCCUAACUUAGAUGCCCUGAAUCCCUUUCAGAUCCUCAAGAGACCCUGGAGUCUUCAUUUAGGCAUCUAAGACUUCUGGUAUUUUUGUUCACAUUCAUACAGACACUGGUAGCUCAAGUCCAUUGGGUCCAAAUAUUCUUUAUGGACAGGGAUGAGAGCCUGUUGGUUACUCCAGACAGAAGCCAGACUGUUGAUCCAACUUGUAUGCAUUGUGCAUGGUUAUUGUGUCCCUGAACUCAAGACAACCAGCCAGGUGCACCCUGAGUUAGAUGCCCAAAAUUACAUAUCUCAAAUUCCUCCUCUUAUCUCCAGUGACCCUGCUUCCUUCUGGCAUGUAUCCCACUGCAUUCACACAAAGUAUGGCCCAAAGUGUUUAAGUGAAAGAAACGGAAGCAAAGGGAUAAUUUUAAUCUGCUAAGUACUCCAUUUAACAAUAGUGUUUGCAAGAGACUGACACAAAUAUAUGUAGCUCUGACCAAAGUCCAUAAAUGUUUCAGUGUAUAUGUUUUGUUCACUGAACAUCUGCAGUACAAUGUGUUAUUAAAGGGAUAUUGUUAAAACUAUGUAAACUACAGAACUGAGCAACCCUUUCCUUCUGAAAAUAGGAAGUACACCACAAUAUUGUUGUUUCUUUUGUUUUUCUGUGAAGCUAUCAUCAGUCUAACUCACCAAAACCCACCAAGUCAACAACCAAGCUCAUAAACAUUGGAUACCCUCAUUUGAACAGACCUGUGAUCCUAAAAAUCAGUGCAUUCCCACCACUAAACCCAAAAUGGGCUUAGUACAAAUGUCAUUUCAUACCCAAAACCAGAAUCUAAGGGGUUUAGGCUAAGAUAAAAAGGCUGACUUUUGAGGGCAAUCUUGCUCUGAAAUUAAAACUGAGGGACUGUGUUUCACUUUUCACUUUUAUAGCUCUUAAUGUCAACACAUACAUGUUCUUCAUCUUCCAUACGUAUGAAACAGGUGUGUGCACUCUCCCCACUUGACACUAAAAUACCUUUUUUGCUCAUAAGCCAAGAGAAAUAAAUUGAGAAGUGAAUUUAUCUGCUAUUUGAAAUCAAACUCAAGGCUUCAUGUAUGUGAGGUAAAAGGAGAGGUCCAAAACCUUCCCUGUUAGCCAAGAAAAUUUCAGUCCAUGCUGAGUUAGCAUGUGGUCCAUGGCAGAGCUAACUCUGAAAAGCAUUGACAGUACUGAGGGCAAUGUUUGCUAACAACCACCAGGAUGGUGUGUCAACACUG